UAUUACAGAUCUAGAAGAGAUACCAAAAGUAGUUCAACAAAAAUGAAGAAUGUGCCUAAUCCUAAAUUAGAAAGGAGUAGGGUUAAUAUUCACACGGAUAUUGACAGAAAUUCUCCAGUUUUAUAUUCGGGUUUAUUUCAACCGUGGACAUGUGCAAUAUGCACAUUUGAAAACACCAAAUCUUAUACAAUCUGUGAUAUGUGUCAACGCACGAGGGAAGAAGUCAACUCUUUGCAUCCCAAGGAACCUCCUAGGUUAUCUCAAGAGGAGUUAAGCAAUAAGCACUGGAAUUACAUAGUAAGAUACUGUAAACUGAAAAAAACAAAGUUAUCUUGAUGACGACUUUCCUCCGAUGCCCAGUAGUUUAUAUUAUAAUCCAGGUGAAAUGAAAGAUAUGAAAGACGCGCACGUUGUUAAAUGGAAAAGAGUGAGAGAUAUUGUAGUGGAGGACUACAAAGAUCUGCCGUGGGCUGUUUUUAGGCGACCUACACCUUCGGAUAUUUCGCAAGGAGUAUUAGGUAAUUGUUGGUUAUUGAGCGCUUUAGCAGUACUAGCUGAACGCGAAGAUCUCAUCAGAGCAGUGAUAAUAACCAGAGAGUUCUGUCCUCAAGGAGUCUACCAAGUCAGGCUCUGUAAGGAUGGACACUGGACGACAGUACUAGUCGAUGAUUAUUUCCCUUGUGAUAAAAGGGGUCAUUUAUUUUAUUCUCAGGCAAAACGGAAACAGCUCUGGGUGCCUCUAAUAGAGAAAGCUGUUGCUAAAAUCCAUGGGUGUUAUGAAGCACUGGUAUCUGGUAGAGCGAUAGAAGGUCUAGCAACGCUUACAGGAGCUCCAUGCGAAAGUAUACCCUUGCAGGCAUCAUCUGUACCUGCCCCAGCAGAAGAAGAACUAGAUGUGGAUCUCAUUUGGGCACAGCUGCUCUCAUCUCGUCAAGCCUUAUUUCUGAUGGGAGCAUCUUGUGGAGGGGGUAACAUGAAAGUAGAUGAACUCGAGUACCAAUCAAAAGGUCUAAGACCACGUCACGCUUAUUCAUUGUUAGACGUCAGAGAUGUCAAUGGCCAUAGGUUAUUAAAACUUAGGAAUCCAUGGGGUCAUUUUGUUUGGAAAGGUGACUGGUCUGAUGAGUCACUGCUUUGGACGCACGAAUUAAGGGACGAACUUAUGCCCGAAGGACCGAUGGAUGGAACAUUCUGGAUAUCUUUUCCGGACGUACUAAGAUACUUUGACUGCAUAGAUAUUUGUAAAGCGAGGAAUGGUUGGAACGAAGUCAGGUUAACAGGAACUCUGCCUCCACUGGCAAGUCAGCAACAUCUGUCAUGUAUAUUUUUGACAAUACUCGAGCCAACGGAAGUGGAUUUCACGUUAUUUCAGGAGGGCCAAAGGAAGUCCGAAAAGUCCCAAAGGUCCCAAUUAGAUCUCUGUGUAGUAUUAUUCAAAGCAAGAGCUAGCACAACCAUAGGAAAUCUUGUAGAGCAUAGUAAAAGGCAAGUCAGAGGAUUCGUGGGGUGCAACAAAAUGUUAGAAGCUGGCGAAUACGUUGUGGUACCUUUAGCAUUUAAUCAUUGGCAUACUGGCCUCGACGAAGUAUCUGCCUAUCCAAGGUACGUGCUGGCUAUCCACAGUUCGAAGAAGUUGCUUGCUGAAAAUGUCCAACCUCCCAACUACAUUCUAGCGGACGCCAUAAUUUCGUUGACACUCGCUAGAGGGCAGCGUCAUGAAGGUAGGGAGGGCAUGACAGCCUACUAUCUGACGAAAGGUUGGGCUGGUUUGGUAGUGAUGGUGGAAAAUCGGCACGAGAAUAAGUGGAUUCACGUUAAGUGCGAUUGCCAAGAGAGCUACAAUGUUGUUUCUACCAGAGGUACUCUUCGUACCGUGGAUUCCGUACCACCCCUCACCCGCCAAGUGAUCAUCGUUUUAACUCAACUGGAAGGUAGCGGUGGCUUUUCGAUAGCGCAUCGACUCACCCACCGAUUGGCCAAUUCACAGGGGCUAUACGAUUGGGGCCCUGAGGGAGCAAGUCAUGUGCCCGAACUCGAUUAUCAGACAGUUGGAUUGCAUUCACCUAGGCUGUUUUAAUUACAAUGUGUGCUUAGAAGUGGAGAAUGGGCCUAAAUGGGGACUGUCGCAGCUCUAUUAGGUUAUUAAUUGUCUUAUUCUGACCAGCUGCUUCACUCAAUGAAUGCCUUCUUUUUUUUUCUGUAACUUUCUUUACUGAGAAACCAGACAUAUUCAACUAACCUACGGACCAAACACUCACCCAGACAGGCCAACGAUGAAUACUUGAGAAGAUGCCAUUAGAGGAAAGUCGCCAAAUAUGGAGUACCAUUUUGUUUUAUGGGUAGAAAGAAAACUUCAAAGAAAUGAAAACAGGUUAAUAUUUAUUACUAAUCUGUCAUACAUUUAUACGGUGCAAACGACCUAACUCCAAAAUCCGAAAUUGUUCAGAAGAUACAAAAAACUUCCCAGAAAAAAAGAAUUAGUAAAACAAAAUUAGUUUCAGGAAUAUUUUAUUUUUAUUUAUUGCUAGAUACGAGAAAAUAAUGUUGAUUUUUUUUUAUUUGUAAAAAAUUGGGAGUUAGGAGAUUUGCGUUCUCUGUGCAAGGUGUUGUCAGCAAGAGAUACAUUGUGCAACUUAAAUUAUUUUAUAAAACUAAGCUUCAAAGACGCAAAAAAGACAAAGAAAUAAGCAUUUUACAAAUGUGGUAAAUUAUCAUAAAAUAUUGAGAGUCCUUAAGAAUAGACGAUUCAAGGUACAUUAAAUAUUGAAACUUUUUGGAUUUGCUUAGUAUGCGAGGCGGAUACAUCAACGACAGUUCUUCUAAAUUCCAGAUGUUCUGAUCUUUUUUCUUCAACCUAAAAGGUAAAGGCGACCAUUCCUCUGUAUGCCCGAGUUUGAAUAAAAUUCAGUUUUCAUUAUAUUGAAGUGCUCUAAUGUCUGAGACACUCGGAUUACCUGCCGUUCUGCCAGGACGGAUGGAACUGAUGUAUUGAACUUCUUGAAAGUUUUUAAAAUAAAUAUGAUCCAAGUGCUACACUUUGUAGGGUUUCGAAUUUAUACGAGCAUUUUGACAAACAUUCACAUAAUCUGCUGGUACAUUAUUUAUAACCUUAUUUUUUAGUUUCCGCUCGAUUGUAGAGUGCAAUGAAUUGCACUCCAUUUGCGUAUGUCCUUUUUUUUAAUUUCUGUUCAAUUGUAAUCCCAUAAUUUUGAAUUGAAUUGAAAAGUGCAUUGGAAAGAAUUGCAUUUCUGUUUUGUCCAGUACAACCGUCACUGUACAAAAUCACUUUACUGAAAGUUGACACUUAGUCCAGCAUGACCCUCAUGCCAGAGAAAACAAUAUCCAUCCAAGGAUUCAAUGUCCAUGAUGGUAAAAUUAUACACUAUUAAUUUUGUGUUAUAAUAAGGAGCACUGCCAUUGGAUUUUGGACUCGGUAAAACUGAUUGCAAAUUCAUCGUAAAAACCUUUAAAUCUUUUCUUUUUCCAACCCCUUUUUCAUUUCGUGCUUCCUCCUCCUUUGCAAUCGUCGAAACUGUUGUUAAAGGCUGCAAUGGAUAGUGGCUUUGAGUCGUUUCUUUUGCACCAGUCAUGCUUAUAAAAUCGAUAUAAUUCCAGUUUUGUUUGCUAAUUCCUUUCAAGGUAUAAUUUCUUUGUGGACUUUCUACAAUAAUGUCAUUCUAGCUAUGGUAGAACCUUAAAGAAAUUACAUAGGGUAUUGUCGGGAACAGUGGCUCACUUUUUUUCAGUUGACUCUAAUAUUCAUCGAGUCUUCACCAAAUGGCUUGAAACUCGGCCAAUGUGGGCAGAGGUUAUGAAAUUUUUAUCCUGUGCCAUCGAAAUGUCCACAAAGGGUGCCAAAAAACAACUAAUAAUGAUUUUGUAAAAAAUUAGAAAUGAGCCACUGUGCACAGGUAGGGUGCUACAGUGACACACCCCAGUGGUCCACAGUGGUUCUAACAGUACACAGAGACUCAAGACAAACCGAGUUAAUCAAAAGUACGGGAAUGCUGUUGAAAUCUUUAUUUCUGAGUCACAUUUGAAUAUCUCGGAAAAAAC